AUGUCGUCUCAUGCUGAGAAGCUGUGGAUUGGCGGGCAGGAACAUGAAGGCAGCGGGGAACUGAUUCCCAUGAAAGAUCCAUCGACCGGAACGAUAUUCGCGCACUGCCAUUCUGCAAGCGUCAGCGAUGUGAAUUAUGCUGCGGAGACAGCACACAAAACCUUUCGGUCCGGCGUGUGGUCUAGAUGGGAAAGGCAUCAGCGCGCCGAUGUGCUGGAGAAGGCUGCGGAACUGCUGGCCGCCAACCUGACUGAUCUGAUCGCUCUUGAGGUGCUCCAGACGGGCCGGGCGAUAAGGGAAAUGAAAGCUCAGGUCCCGUCUCUGGUGAAAUGGUUCAAGUAUUAUGCCGCAUUGAUCAGGACAGAAGAACGGCCAGUUCUGCCGACCACUGGCAAGCUACACAACUGGGUCGACAGACGCCCACUGGGUGUGGUUGUUCAGAUCACGCCUUUCAACCAUCCACUGCUCAUUGCUGUCAAGAAGAUCGCGCCCGCUCUGGCAGCUGGAAAUUGCAUUAUCUUGAAGCCAUCUGAGCUGACACCAUUGACCUCACUGAAGCUUGGAAGGGUUCUCAAGGACGCUGGUGUUCCCGAUGGCGUGUUCACUGUGCUGAAUGGGCACGGUGUCACUACUGGUAAAGCUCUGGUGUCUCAUCCCCUUGUGAAAAAGGUUGAUGUGACCGGCGGCACGCCGUCUGGCAGAGCAAUAGGUGCCAUUGCAGGUGGCAACUUGGCACAUUUCACUGCUGAGUUGGGGGGCAAAGCACCUGUGAUUGUGACAGCAAAUGCAAAUCUGGAGCUGGCUGUCAAUGGAGUCGCAUUCGGCUCUUUUAUCGCAAGCGGGCAGACCUGUGUGGCUGCCACCAGAAUCAUUGUGCAUUCUAGCAUCUUUGAGUCAUUUGUGGAGAAGAUUGCGGCCAAAGCCCUAUCAAUAUGUCGGAGAAUAGGUGCGCCCUCGAACCCUGAGUCGAUGAUGGGCCCCAUCAUUUCAAAGAAACAAUUGGAUCAUGUCAGCGGAUUGGUGGAAGAUGCAAAGCGUACUGGUCUAGAAGUUGCUGUUGGAGGACAACGAAUGUCCGGCGAAUCUUCACUUGAUGGGUUCGAUCUUUCUGCGGGCUACUUCUACCCACCAACCGUGCUUGUCCAUCGGCAAGACACAGCGAUUCAGGAUCACGAGAUCUGGAAAGAGGAAGCAUUCGGGCCAGUCAUCGUCAUCACCGCGUACGGAACUGAAGAUCAGGCGCUUGCACUGGCGAACGACAGUGAAUUCGGGCUAGGAGCUGCCGUCUGGACCAAAGACCUUUCAGAGGCACACCGCUUGUCCGAUCGAAUCGAGUCAGGCAUCUGCUGGAUCAACACGCAUCAUCGCAACGACCCAAGUAGUCCAUGGGGCGGGAUAGGAAGUUCUGGAGUCGGGAGUGAGAAUGGCAUCGCUGCAUAUCACGCUUACACUACGACGAAGAGCACCAUUAUAAAUUAUGCAGAUGAACAGGAAGCGGCUGGUGAGGAUUGGUUCCGAGAAGGCACAGAACAAGUGCGAUAUGGCUGA